ACCACUGAAUCACAUCUUUCACCGGGAGACUAACUUUCUUUACACGUUAACAUCAGCCUGAAACUUUCCCUCUUCCUCUGAAGUUUUUGGUCUUUCAGCGGAUGCAGAGAUUACAUGAAGAUCUUUCCGGAGAGAUGUUGGAUUCUUUUUUUUUUUUUUUCUUGGUUUUGGUGCGCAAAACUUCGCCAAGUAGGUUAGUGGACGAACCGGAGGACUGACAAGUAAAAGUUUGUGCAUGGUUGUGCGUGUGUUUGUGCGUGAGAGAGGGAAGUUGUUGAAAGUUGGAUAAGUUUGAUCCAAUGCGUCCGGAGCGGCCGGUUAAACAGCAGGAACACCGGAGAACGACACGGAGAGAGGGAGGCAGGAGCUGAGCUCAGCGGGGUCUGCAGGGACAUCACCGGCUGCUGGACGUACAUGUCUCCUCUCCACACCGGCACCGAGGUUUCUACUUCCUGUGACAUCAUCACACCAUGCCUGAGGGGUCACGGCGUGGCAGCCAGCGAUCGCCUAGUACCACAGCCGCCAAGCGUCCCUCCUCAGUCUCGUCUCUGAGUGGGAUUGUGGGUAGGAUGAUGUCAUCCGGCGAACGAGGAGCUUCGUCCUCCUCCUGCACCUCUGUCAACACCGUCUGCUCGGAUGGCGAGCGUCCCGCCUCCCUUUCCCUCUCCUCCUCUGCCUCCUCCGUCUCCCUGCAGGAUGCGUCCCACUCCUCUUCCUCUUCCUCCUCCUCUUCCUCACUGCCGUAUGGCGCAGUGCCGACCUACAACGCCUCCUCAUCAUCCUCAUCGUCCUCCACGCCAAAAAGGAACGGCUCGGACAUCAGCCUGGACCUCACUCCCCUUGUCACACCCCACGGUGGAGGACUUCCUGGAGGAGGUGGGGUCUCUGUUGCCAGGGCAACAGGAGGACACCCCCCUAAUGGAAACAUAGCCAAUGCGAUGCCGGUUGCAGUGGCGGCAGCGGCCACACCCAGACAGCUUUCGCGACUGGAGAGAGUUGUGAUGGAGAUCGUAGAGACUGAACAAGCCUACGUCAGAGAUCUGAAGAGCAUCGUGGAGGACUAUCUCGGCUGCAUCAUCGACUGUGGAGCUCUGCCGCUGAAGCCGGACCAGGUCAGCACUCUGUUCUGCAACAUAGAGGACAUCUACGAGUUCAACAGUGAUCUCCUGGAGGAUUUAGAGAGGAGUCCUCACGCCGCAGCCAUCGCCGAGUGCUUCGUGGAGAGGAGUGAAGCAUUUGACAUCUACACACUCUACUGCAUGAACUACCCCAACUCGGUGGCCGUACUGAGGGAGUGCAUGAAAAACGAAUGUCUGGUUCGUUUCUUCCAGGAGAGACAAACGACUCUGAACCAUUCGUUACCUCUGGAGACGUACCUGCUCAAACCAGUGCAGAGGAUCCUCAAAUACCACCUGCUAUUACAGGAACUUUCCAAGCACUUUGACAAGAGCGCCCCUGGAUACGAGGUCGUCGAGGACGCCAUCAUCACCAUGACCGCGGUGGCCUGGUACAUUAACGACAUGAAGAGAAAACAGGAACACGCAGUGCGGCUGCAGGAAAUCGAGUCCUUGCUGGUGAACUGGAGCGGGCCAGACCUCAGCGGGUUUGGAGAGCUGGUUCUGGAGGGUUCCUUCAAGGUCCACAGAGUGAAGAAGGAGCGAGCGUUCUUCCUGUUCGAUAAGAUGCUGCUGAUCGCCAAGAAGAGGCUGGAACAGUUUGUCUAUAGCACGCAUAUAUUUUGUUGUAAUCUGCUGCUGGUAGAGACGCUCAAAGAUCCGCUGUGUUUCAAAGUGUCAGACCAGACGAUCCCCAAACAGCAGCACAUCGUCCAGACGAAGAACCAGGAGGAGAAGAGACUGUGGGUGCACUACCUCAAGAGACUGAUAGUAGAAAACCAUCCUGCUUCCCUCCCACAGAAGGCAAGACAGGUCCUGGGAGACAACUUCUGUCAAUCUCCUCAGUUUGACCAGGACAACCUGAAGAAGUCCUCUGCCUCGCCACGACUGGACGAUAUCCAUGGCUAUCACAGAGGCAGACGCCAAUCAGGUCAGGAGCCUCCAGAGCUGCUGAUGUACACACCUGAGAAGUCCAGGAAGAGUCUGCCGCUGCUGCUGGAGGGAAACCUGCCGUACAGACGCACCAGGAGACAGUCAGCUCCGGCUAAAGACAUUGAAGCUGCGUUUCAUCCCAACGCUUUGAAGCAGGCGGGCAGCGAGGGUGAGCUGUGCCAGGCAGACAGUCUGGGCUCAGCAGGCAGCAGCAGCACGCUCGCAUCCUCCGUCAUUGAAGUGGAGGCUGAGCGGGCUGAACUGGGCCUGACGCCACAGCUACGACCUAACCAAGAGGAAGAGGAAGAAGAGGACUUGUCCCCCCUUAGUCCUCCUCCCACUCUGUCCAUCACUGAAGAAAUCCUGGAGUUCAUCAACCAGAGCAGAGCUAGGGAGGGACUCACCUCCAUUCAUACUGACGCAACGGAGCAGGUCCUGGAUCAGCCCAAAGAGAGUCAGUCUCCUACUAACCAGACCAACUUCACCUGCCCACUGCCCCCAGCCGCCUGCCCCUCCAGCCCAGAGCAAAGGCCCACAAUGCAACAGGAGCAGGAAAGUGAGGAGAUGGAGGAUAACCGCAUCCUCCAAAGUCAGAGCGGCGGGCCUAGCGAGGACAAUGGAUUUGAAAAGGAGACAAUAACAAAUGAGGUCAAAGAAAUUACAGAUGCAACAAGUCAAGUGGAAAAGGGAGUGGAAGCCGAUGAAGAAAUACAAGGAGAAGGAGAAGAAAAAGAGAAAGAGAGGAAGAAAACAAUGGAUGAAGGAGAGGGAGAGAGCAUCACCCCUGCUCCAACAUCUAAUCUUCAUCCCUCCAUCUCAGCAGCGGAAGAGAGAGAAAACAGCAGCAGUUGUCACUUAACCAGGGAAGAGACGAGCACUGAGGCCACCACUCCCUCCCCAAAACCAGAUCUCCCUCAUCAUCUCACCCAGAGACGCCAGCCUCCCACAAGAGGCUGCCACCUCACCAAACGUGACAAGAAGAUCAUCGAAAAGAUCAGAAGUUACUACGAGGCAGCAGCCGAAGCUGAAGAGGACGAGGCAGAGGAGGAAGAUGAACAGGGAGAAGGAGUGGCAUCAAGAAGGCGGAGCAGUUUCUCACAAAUCCCAUCUGGUUUGGUGAAGGAGUCUGUAUCACGCUUUGAUGUUGGUGGACACCAGGGGGAGACAGAGAGUGGACAAUCCAAGUAUGAAACAACUGAAGUAAUCGAGACUGAUCAAGAGACUGAGCCCUGUCCCCCCACUGGUCCCAUCUCUUUCCCAGCUCCACUCUCUGCAGAUGCUGAGAAUGAUAAACAGGCAGAUAAACCAAUCAGCUCCCUGAAUGUUGAUGCAGAAGGCCCAGCUGACACACCAGCCUCUACCAUGAUGCAGGACAAGAAGACCCCAAACCAAGUGGGUCUGAAUCUGCAGUCAAACCAAAACAGGUCCUUUGGAGAAGAGACUGAGAUACAGGACAAAAAUGAAAAGCUCUGCAAAGGACCAUUGGAGGAAAGGCAGGAGGGAAAGACAAGUGUCGCGGCUACUGGGGAGCAACAUGGAAAUUCACUGCAAGGAGAGGGACCCUCUAAAACCAAACCUUACACGUGCAGAGAUGAAACAACCAAAACCUGUGCUGGAAACCAAGCUGUCAUGAAUGGGCAUGAACCCAACCGAGCAGACCCAGCAGAACCAAAGGGAAGCCACAAAGAUUCCUGUACACCCGUGCCACCUACAGACCAAUGUCAAAAAACUGAGACAAAAACUCAGUCCACUUGGACUACACCCAAACACAGGGACCUGGUCAAGACCAGUGGGAACCUUGAGGGUCUUCCCAGUCAGAUAAAAGUGGGUCGAUGGUCCCGCCACUCCAGGAUUGUCACUGCUAACCGGGCCUUGUUUGAGGGUAUGGGGUCAGAUGUAGCAGGUAUUGGAUUAUUUGAGUCCAGCCCUGUGGUGGACCCCGUAUUAAUAGAAAAUUCAGAGCGCAUUCUGAGCAAGGUCCAAACACUGGCCCGGAUGUACAGCGCCAAAGCCAGCACCAUGAAGGUCCCACUGCAUCAGAAACGGGUCAGUUCUGUACGGAACCAAUCGUGGGGCUCAGGCAGACUGUCUGGACACUCAGCUCAGACCCAAACAAAAAGCCAGACACAAGUUCAAUCACAGACUCAAAAACAGACCCAAACUAAGAACUGGCUUCAAACACAACACCAGAUGGAAGUCAAUCAAACGGAUACCUGCACAGAAACAAAAACUGGAACCCAAACUCACUCUGAGACCAAAGUUCAGAACCAAACCGCAACACAAACUAGGCAGCAAUCACAGAUCCAAACUAAAAGCCAGAUGUGGAGUCAGACACAAACACAUUACCAAAACCAGACCAAGACUCACAGCCAGUACCAGACACAGACCAUGAUCCUCGAGGACCAGACUAUCCAGGAGGAGAGGGUGAUAAAGAGAGCAGAGAGCCUGACAAGUGAUCUUCAGAGGACAGCGAUUGUCCCUUGUGAGCCUCAGCUGUUUGGUCAUGUGUUUGUCAAAGAGCAGCUAACCUCAGCCUGUCACCACCAGACAAAUGAAUUCACCCUCUCCAGGCCCAGGGACUUCAUCUCCGCCUUAACCAAAGAAAGAGACUCCAGUGUGUGUGGUAGAUCAGGUGACAACUCCCAGACUUCCACCAUCCCUGGGGAAAAUCCAGCCAUUUCACUGAGAGAUCAAUCAUCCAGUCAGGUCCAGGCUAACAGCGACAGCCCUGGGCACCACUCCACUGACAGGCCCGAAGCCUCUGCGGCAUCCAGGCAUCACCUACGUGCACAACCUGAAGAUCAGAGUUCCAGUUUGUGCUGCUCUGCCACGAACAGUCCCUUGACUUCAUCCCUGACCUUGGAUUGUACAGUCACCGAGUUCAGGGACCUGUGCUCUACCUCUUCUGCAGGGAGAGUCAAAGCCCUGAAUCAAAGCAGACAAGUGUAUACUGAUACUGAAGAGACAGACCAAAGAGAGGGGUCAGAACAGAGUGCUGGACACCCUGUUUACUCAGUCAGCGAAGACUCGACAUCUGUAAACGUCAUUACACAGCCAGCACACAGAUUUAAGCAGGAUAUAGCACCUGUACAAGAUAUACAAGAUAAACCAGAAUACAAAAUUUCCAUAGGACAUGCGGACAACAAGGAUACAUUAACCAAGAAUGUGCAGAGUGUUUCUGCAGAGCCUGAAUACUUGGUUUGCACAAAAAUUAUGGAUGAAGAGGCAUCCCUAGGAGAGCUGGUACUGACUGCAGCAUCGACACAGGACCAGGCCCUCACACAACACCACAGCUCCACGGUGCCUCACCCAGGAGAGCAAGCCCACCUGGAGGAGGAGGGAGGCUCCACUACAGUGUGGGCCUCUGGAGGGCCAAAGAAAGUUGAGCUCUCAACUGAGACAAAGGAUGAUUUCAAUUCUUCAUCACAAACCAGGAUGAUUCUACAUGAUUCAACAGUGAUCUUUUCUGAAGAGACGCCUUACCAGGGACCCUCAAGGGAACUGGUUGCUGCACCAUCCCUUAGUCAACCUUUGCACUUAACCUUUGACCUGUCUCAGGUUUCCAGUCGUUCAAUCAUAGAAUCCCCAGAGGAUUACAAAGUAAGAGAAGGGGCAGCACCAAGUCCAAGGCCAUCGGUUCAAAACUCAGAAUCCAAUCCCACCCAACCACGCUCUCCAUCUGUGCAGCCUAUGGACUGUCUACCAACUUUCACCAGCCAGAGGCCACCAGACCUACCCACCACUAUGGGUAAACGGGCUCUGUCUAACACCUGGAAUGUUAAUAACACCACUCCAUAUGAAUAUAGGGAACCAGACCAGCAGGACUCAGGAUCCCCCAGCAGCCUGCCCGUCUUCAGCCUUCCUUCAGACAGCUGUCCACCUUCCACACCCUCCGUGGGAACAGCCAACCUGGUGCAGCAACCCAACCCAGCGAGUUCCACCCAAAGCCAGGACACAGAACUCACCUCAGCCCCCUCAGCCUUCAGACCCAGCCUCAGACACCGCUCCCCUUCUCCUGUUAGAGCCCCCACCUCCUCUCCCCUCCUGCCUUCCCCCUCCUCUGUCAGAGCACCUCCUUGCUCCUCACCAUUCAGGGUUGUUCCAGCAUCUUCUCCUACCCCUGGAUCUGUUGAAAACAUUAUCUCCAGUGCUCUUUCCUGUUUAUCCCCUACUCCCCCUUCUGGCAAGGUUUCCUCCAUGAGAGCCCCCCCUGCCUCCUCUCCUACACCUUCCACUGCUUUCACCCCCUCCUCUUCUUCUUCAGGGACACCUUCAUCAGCAAGAGCAGGUCUUCCUUCCUCCCCAACACCACCCUCUUCCCUCCGCUCCUCCCCCAUUGCUUCUUCCUCUGCAUUUACCAGAUCCUUAGCUGCCUCCUGUAUCAGCCAGUCUAUCAGUCAGAGUUUGGCAAAAAAGAAUGCUGCCCGGCAACAGGCGCCACCCAUAAACUUGGUAAAUCAAAGCACCGCCUCUGUUCCUUCCUUACCCUCGUCUCAUCUGCGACGGCGUUCCCCUUCUCCUAAACUCCUUCCAAGUCAGCAAAGUUCCAGUACACCUUCUUAUGUACAGCCAGGGCACACUAAAGAUGGGUACCAACAACAAAGGUGUCCACCGUGCUCUCUCCAGUCCUCUUGUCCUUCUCCAGCCCCCGUUCAGUCGCCUCCUCCCUCUUUUUUGCACCGCUCACCUUCUCCAUCUAUGAGUCAGACCCAUCAUCAGCCUGCCCACUCUUCUUCUUCUGCUUCCUCCCGUCCUUCAUUCCUUCACUCCAAAACUGAUUCACUGCAGAAUGCAAACAACAGCAAUAACAACGUUAGCUUAGCUGGUUUAGCCACAGCAAUCAGCAAUGUAAGAAAUACCAGCAGUUAUAGCAUUAAUGGUGCUGUCACUAAUGGGGCUUGGUCAGGAAGUCCACUGAAGACAACAUUAGCUAAUGGUAGCACUAAUGCCACAGUAGUGCAACAGGCCCAUGAUCCUCUCUGGUUGGGGUCACACAACCGUGUAGCUCGGCCUUUUUCUGCAUCUGAACCCAGCUCACGAGUUCAGUCCCCAUCUCCUUCGCCAACCCCUGCUUCGUUUACUCGCCUCUGCUCCCCACCUCCUCAACAUAAUUACUCCUCCCCCAUGGCGAACAAACCUCCCCACCCCCGGAGCACACGUGCAGUAGCUGCAAGUUCCCAUAAUCCAUUAGGCCUCACUUUAGAGCUACCCAGGGCCUCCUCAGCAAGUUCAGCAUUUAUUCAGUCAUCCUCAUGUCUGAGCCCUCGUAUACUCUCCCCACCUCCCAUUGGAGUGUCAGUGAAUGUUUGGACAAAUAAUGUUGCAGCGCCUCAACCUAGAAACCCCAGAUUUGCUUCCUCUUCUCCUUCGUCUCCCUUUUCUUCCUCCUUAGGCUCAUCAAGAUCAGAGAAUGCCUCGUUUCCCACUUCGUCCUCUUCUUCGGUCCCACUGCACAGUACAAGAGCCUCCUCCCUUUCUGGAUCUUGUCCUCCUGCGGCCCAAAUAACCUCCCAAACACUCCGUAGGUCUUUCUCCUCCAACUUUGCAGAAAGGCCCCCUAGCCCAGCCCGGAGUUCUAGUGGACUGCGCUGCUCCUGGGCAGAGAGCAGCCGAAGGUCCCUUGGUUUCAGUGGAAGUGCUCGAGGGUCAUUUGACCAGCAGGAGUCGUGUCCAACCAGUCCAAGGAGUGGAUGGUCCUCAUACAGCAGCUCACCGUCCUGCCUCAGCCCCCGAGCUGGUCUUCAGUCCCCGCUCUCACCUAACAGGCUUACCCCAGGGAAGGGCACCCUUGGUGGGCAGCAUUUCACCAGUGUUCCCUGGCCAGAUGUACGAGAGCUUUCAAACAGAUAUAAUGAAGCUGAAAGCCUUGAUACAAGCGCUACUUCCACUGUCAUUGCCUCCUCUCCUUCUCCUCUCUCCACGCUUUCUCAUUCCUUGCUCUCCUCUCCGGAUCCAUCAGACAGCCAGACAGAAUGGGGAGACCCAGAGCUCGAAGAGGGUCACUGUCGUAGCCAGCUCAUCUGCGCCUAUGUCGCCCAGCCUUUCCGUGAACAAGCGCUGUCCUCCUCGGGAAUGACCUCCCCCCCACCUGCCCCCUGUCAGCACCAAAACUACCCAUCCGAGGUCAAACCACAAGCUCAGGUCCAAAUUGCCACCAAAACACCUCCUGUACCUUCAGUCCACUCUCCUUUGCCCUCAAGCUCAUCGCCGCUACAUUUUGCCCAUUCCUCUCCUACCAAACCUGGGAACCAGAAGACCAGUUAUGCCACCACAGUCAACCUCCAGAUUGCUGGAAGUGGCCGAAUAACUUCCUUCAGCACUGCCCAAGUGAGCCUGACACAAACCCUUCAAGGUGGAGCUGGAGCUGGAACUGGAGGGCCAGGACAGGGGCAGAUGGCGAGGAGAGUAAGCAUCAAUGGACUGUCACACCUUCCCUCCCCUCUUCCUCAGAACUGUAACAGGCUUUGAAAGAAAGAGAGAACUCUUUUUUUUCAUGGCUUUAGAAAACAAGAGGGGCUAAAAGACACGGUGAUGAAAAUGAAAAAGGCAUUAGAAAAGACGUGCAACUGUGAAUUUGUCCCUCACCGUAAUGUAGCAAAGUAAGCAUCAGACGUUGUUGGGUAACUGCUGCAUUAUAGCCAGUGGUCCAGACCUUCCUGGACUUUAACUAAAGCCCCUCUGCUUUAGCAAAAAAAAAAAAACAAAAAACUUCAGGCACAGCAUGGGGCACUUUGACCUUGGAAUAAGUUCACAUCUGAUUGUUGUGCAACCCAGUGUGACACUGAUUUUAAAACGCAGAGUGAAGGGAUGCAUUUGAGGUCAGACAUUAUGCUGACUACUCAUUAAAUCUUGGCGGCUUCUGGAAAAGCUUCAUGCCUGAACAUGAAUCAGAUGAUCUCCCAAGAAUGAUGGAAAUUCUACCUGCACACGGUCUGUGUUUUGUUAUCUGGGCUACUGACUUUGAAUGGAAGCCAGUGGAAUUGCUUUAAAGAUUCUAAUAUUGUGAAGAGUAAAGGCAUAGUCACCAUCAGUGUAAAUGAUCCUAUUGGAUGCGCCCGAAAAACCCUGAAUGUCCGCGGCUGGGUUUGAUGAAUUUGUGGAUGUGGCAGUCUGGAUUGGAUUACUGGUCGUACAGUUCAACCAGUCUGAAGUGUGUUUAUUGGACACAGCUCUGGAUUCUUUUUGAGAAUGUGAUGAAUUUUCACACAUUCAUUUGAGACAUUUUGCAGUCAAAUCAGUAACAUUAGCAUUUAAUGAGAUGGAGCAGAUCCAUUUUUCAAUUACUCCAAACAGACACGUCGAAGGUCCAGUGUCCAACUAGUGCUGUAUGUAAUCCUAGUCACGUAAUGUAUUAUUAUUGUUUGUUCAUUUGUUUUUCUGAUAAAUAUUUUUUAAUAUUUUGUUGAACAAACAUCAGUGUCUGGCUUUCAGAGGUCAGUGUUUAAGUGUGGUUAUUAUUAAUCUGUAUUUUUAACCAUUUUUAUUAUUCUUUUUAUUUUAUUGUUUAUUUAUGAAGUUAGUCUUACUCUCUUUGGCACUUAAUAUCCUUAAAAUGACAUUUUGCACAGUGUCUCAGCUCCUGGGUGCAUGCUUUGAGUGUAUGUGUGUGUUUGUGAGUGUGUGUGUGUGUUUGUGAGUGUGUGUGUGUGUGUGUGUGUGUGUGUGUGUGUUUCAAAUGACGUGUCUGGCAAGUUCUCCUUGAACUUCAGACCAAGCCAAUAUCUGUGUUUUUAAUGCUGUUCGUUCCCAUAUUGAUGUACUCAGACGGUUCAUUGACUUUAUUCUUUCUCCUCUUGUCAGUGUUCCUCAGAAACCUUGUAUCUUGAGUUUCACCUGCCUUUCAAAAGCUGUAAUAGAAAUUCACCCAGGUGGAAAAUCCUCCAUGAAGGUAGAAUCAACACUGGUGAUUCGUCGUGUCGAAACGGACUCAGGUUUUUGAGUUACGAAAGACAUGAAAGUUUUCUCUUCAGUUUUUGGAAACACACAGAAAUGUCUUGUCUCUGUCAUGACGUGUUGAAAUGUAUGAACUUCAUAACAGAGACAGUCUUGUCUCUGUUAUGAAGUUCAUACAUUUCAACAUUCAACGCGUUGCAAUGUAUGAACUUCAUGACAAAGUCUCUGUCAUGAAGUUCAUACAUGUCAUUGUAAAAGCCCAUUGUGUUUGUUUUUUUCCAGGAGGUUUUAUAGAGGCAGAUCAUCCUCCACCCCCCACUCAAAACAAAGUAUUUACAGUUCCUCUUGAGAUGAGAAAAUGCUUGUUGACUUGAAAACAGAAAUAGGUUGCUGAUAUUAGAUGUUAAUCUGUAUUUAAAAAAGUUAAAAUUGUGUGGAGCUAAAAAGCCAGAAUUUUUAAUUUUCUCCUAUUUUUUGAAUUCAUUAACAGUUUCCUCUUUUAAAGAAGCUGUUAAAAAACACUUUUGAAAAUAAAUCACCCUUUAAUGUUGUGACAAUGCCAUGGUGAAGGUUUGGUCAGGGAAGGAUCGUGGUUUAGGUCAAAGCAAGUUCUGUGUUAAGGUUAGAGGACCGUGUCGUGACAGUUUCGGUAAUAAACAUACGGUGAAGGUAACAGAAUGAUCACGUGUAAAAGAACAUCGGUUUGAAAGGCGAAGCGAACGGUGGUAUCAGUGUUAAAGUCUAAUGUUUUUGUUGACCCGUGCAUCCGCUCCGACCUCCUCCCUGCACAGACGACGUCACCUGACUUCCUUCUUUGUUCCCGUCAUAAUUACUACACUUGAACAUCUUGCUGUCACGCACGACCACUACUGACAUACUAAACAAUAAAACAGUAGGUCGUAAUAAGCUGCCUUCACAAACAACCUCAUUUGGGUGCAUUUUUAUUAUCAACAGCCUCCUAUUAAAAACAAAAGCCAAAUCUAAUGGUGUGAAAUUUGAGAGAGCACACUGUCAGGAAACGUGUGGAGGUUCAGUAUGAAAAUCUUUUAAUGAGCUGUGAGGUUUCUGCAGAGCACAGGUAAUUGGAGAGGACUGUUUUUGGGACCUGGUGAAAAAGGGAAAUGUUAACUGAAUGUUCAUCCGGUAACCCUAAUACAAUCAGUGAGAGGUAUGAAAAAUAAAGGUGUGUGGUGUAAAACCAAACCAAAGUGACUCCUGCUUUUAAUUCACUGAGAACUGUCACAGCACAGCGUGUAAACUUCUGUACUGCAGCCGACAGAGCUGGAUCAGAAACAUUUGAGGAACAAAUGUUUUUCAUUUCUUGUUUUCUGUAAACAGCAUUUUGAGGCGACACAGACGUUUUCUCUGCACAUCUCCACCCAUGACUCGCAACCUGCUGGCUGGGUUACCUACAGGCCACAAGAUGCUCAUAUCUGUGCAGCACACAGUGGCUUUGUCUUUAUUUUGCACAGCUACCGGCCUCCGAUGAGAGAAAAACAGCGAAACCUGACAGGCUGACAUUUUGGUCUGUGACCAUCUUUGUUUCAUGUCUUUGCUUCACUUCUCUGUUUUCUGAAAUCAGAGUUGGCUGCUGUGUAUCAUUAGCUUAUCAGUGUGCUUGGCAAGUAUUUGAUCUUUGUGAUAUGUGUGUUUCAGUUUUGGUUUACGCUCGACAUGUUGGUUUGGAUCCUAGCUUUCACCUGCCUUUAUUCCUUCCACUGACAGCUCGCGGUUGACCUGUCCUCCCUGCCGGAGCUUUCUCUGGGGCUUUGGCAAGGAAACUGUUCAUCCAAAGAAAAGGAGAGAGAAUCUGGAGAGGUGUGGAGGAAGAGAGGAGUCUAUCCUCUCAGACAACAGGCUGAGGAAAGAGUUCUGGAAUUUACGGCACGGAUCUGCACUGGGACAUUUUUCUCCUGAAAUUCAAAGUCAAGAAAGUGAACUGGAGCAAAAACUCUCUCGUUGAGACACCGAAAUAAGCUGUCGUUUCUUUUAUGGAAUUUGGUGUUGGAUGCUGUUCAGAUUUCAGCCAUUUUUCUAAUUUGGCUCCAUGUUUGUUUAGUUUCUUUUCUUUUUUUUUCUUUUUUUUUUUGGGGUGGGGAGUCCUUUUUUUUUUCCAUCUCUGGUCCUGCAUUGGACCAAGGAUUGUAAACCCAGUUGUAGCUUUGAGGCGUAUCACCCUUCUCAGAGCAAUACUUUUCAAAGUCAACUCAAACGGUGCUUUUCAUGUCAAAACUCUAAAUCUUUACUUUCUUGAGAAAAGGUUUCUGUUCUCUGCUCUCCAGCUACUUUACAACCUUCAGGCACAGUCUCAAAGCUAGUGCCCUGCCCGAGUCGACCUCAGCAGUCACUGGAGGCUGAAGAGGUGCAGGUUUUCUCAGCUCGUCUGGGAUUCAAACAGGAGGAUCCCCUGAAGGUUUCCGGGAAGAUUUGCUUGUUCCUUGAGGGCACGCUGGUGACAGCAUCUGCCAGUGGAACAUCUAACAUGGAUUUCUGUUUUUACAAAACCUCUCAGCUGUAAGAGAUUUGAACUUGGAGACCGAAUCUUGGAAAUCAAAGCAGUUUAUUUGCACAUGUCUCACAGUGAGAGACAUAAUGUGACACAGAUGAUGCUGUUGCUGCCCCUGCCAUGCUGAGAGGGAGGCCAGCUCUCGUGCAUGUGUUUCUGUGUUUCGUCUGUCUGCUCAGGGCCAAACCCCUACCAGCCGCCGGACACUGCACUCAGGACAUCAUCAAAAGGGUCAACAUCCUCAUGAUGGACGCCCCCACCUUGAAGUGGUUGGAGUGCAGACUGUACACCCCGUCCAUCGAAGACUACAGGAAAUGCCCCAGCUUCACCUUCAAAUGUUUUGCUGAUGAACUUAAAGUCCUCAUCAACGAGUGGAGAGCUGUCAGCUCGUAUAAUAAAGGUCACGGACUUCUCCUCCGUCUUCAACGCCUUCCAUCGCUCUUCAACAAGACGGAGUCGAACUGUCGUGAGUGUGAGCUGCUCAAAGAGCAGGAUGCAGAACAGUUCCUCAAAGAUCUUCUUUCAACUCUUCAGCUUAUGAAUGUGGAUUAUUGUUAACUGCUCCACUCUGCCCGCCUAAAGGACUUUUAAUAGAGACUUCAAGGCCUGCUUUUCUGUUCAUGCACAUUUCAUAUCACCUGAGAGGAAAUAAAGUGCGGUAUGCAUGAUGUCUGGGCAUGUCCGUGGUAUUUAAUUUGCAGCUGCAGGUGAUGGAAAUGGGUUUUCAGGGUGGAAACAACAGUGCAUUUUCAUGUUAGUGGAAGCUUGUGAUGAGUAGAGGUUACAGUAUGACUGAUAAGCUAAAUGUGGAAAGGGGUGCACGUUUCUAGUUUAGGUUAAUGAAGAGUGAACAUACAGAGUAGAAAAACAUGGAUCACCUGCAGGAUCACAAACAGGACAGCCUGCAACUGCAGCUCGCAACUGGAGUGUGAUAACUACCCUGUAAAAUCCUUCAGUCCACUCAGCAUAUUUCCUUGAUGAAAUAAAAAAUACAUAUGCUAGUUUAGCUGGUCUCAGGUUGAUAAAAUAUACGUAAGACGCAAACAGAUUUUGUGUGUUAUGUCUUAUUAUGAGAAAAGAACCGUGUACAGAACAUUUAGGUGGCAGCUUCUGAGUUUUAGCCCAUGCUGUCUGUUAAUGUGGUCUUUGGUUUCCAGUGUCUGUACUGAUCAAAGAUCCUUUGUUAGAGAGAUGUCACUCUGUACCAGCACUCUGUAACCGUGAAUGGUGUAUGUUUGCAGUUAUAUGGUUAUAUAUUAUAUAAUGUCAAACAAACAAACAAAUGAGCUUAUGACUGUUUUAAAGCAAAGUCUUACUGAGCAUCUGUGGAUUCACAGACUGAAGCUCAUGGUUUGUAAUCCAGAAUCUCCCGUUGCCAAAGAAUCUCUCUUCUUCAGAGGUUUAUUCAGCGGCUUGACCAGCUGCAUCAAGCAGCAUCUUGCAUUUCAGUGAUGUUUUGUCUGCUUGUCUCAGUACGGAAUUGUCAGCUGAAGUCAGCGGCCGUUGAAAGGAAAAAAAAAACAGUAAUGAGCUAAAUUCAUGUAAGUUAAAGCUGAAACAUGAAGACCACACUGCCCUCAUUUAAACUUUAUGCAGCUUUAUUAAAGGCGGUGGAUGUAA